AUGCAUGAACUAUUUCUCACGGCUCAUAUCAGCGAUGAUGAUCGGCCUGGAGCUCUCCGGAUUCUACAAGGCUACUGUGCCAUGAGCCCUGUCCCGAUCCUUCGACGGCGGUUGUACUGGAAAGGCCCACUCACUCGAAAUAGAGGAAUCGACUCUGCUUUUAUAAUGGCCCAAGGACAAAAGGUCCCGCUCUGGCGUACUCUCAAUGAGCAAUUGACUCGGCAGGCUUAUAUAGUUACCUUGCUAUAUGAUAUCACACGGGACCAAUUCCCCAAGCCUGAUGCGCCUGAUGAGGAGAAGCCAAUCAUGGACUGUGACGCGAUUCACGGAACACUUCAGUGGACCGACCUCCCUGAUCCAGCUGGAGCGAGACCGGUCAAUAGUCGACUAUCAGUAACGAUUGAGGGCGAGAAGGGCCUAUGUAAUUUGCUCGAGUCCAGCUCGUACAGAUUCCACGGGGAAAUCGUGGAGGAGGGCUACAGAUUCGUUCAUGGUAAUGUAGUGAUCUAUCUCACUCGCUACCUGGAUAUACCUGCCAAAUUCCAAGAGAUGGAGUACGAGGGGAAGCCGAAAGUUAAUCGGAGCAUGCCGCCAUACGAAAGCCUGCAGCCAUUUGACUCGGAGAAUAAGUGGAUUAUAACAGCUAGCUCACAGGUAUUAAGUGCAAACGAUCUGGAGUAUAUGAAGAAGGGCACGGAUGAGUUGAUGGAGGUGAAGACGGAUUUUGAGGGUUUCUUUGACUUUCAGAGUAGGGAUAGGCAUAUCUUUGAUACGAGGGUAAAGACUUAA